CUGCCGAGCUCAUCGAGAACCACCUGCCCUCCUUUGACCUGGAAGGGCACAACAUCUGCGAGAUCCCAGUGAAGCUGCAGUUUGCUGCGACUAUGAUCUUCCUGACCCUCAUGUUCAACAACAUCGCGGGUAUGAGCAUGGCGGCAAGGAUUUGCCUCACUUGCACUCAUCACAAGCUUGGCGAUGGCGAUUUCGUGGGGGAGCUGGUAAAGGAAGUUUCAGACACAGAGGAAGCGCGAAGUUUGAAUGUCUCCAUGGUCAAGAGAGUCAUCAUCCUGAUCUGCGCUGUCCUGACCGAGGUCUGCACUUGGUACGGCAUCCUCAUGGCCGGGGUUCUCUUCAUCUUCACCUCCCCUACCGUGGACCUGGUCAUCCGCUCCACUGUCGCCGUCAUGUUCGUCCUCAACGUCGACGAGAUCGUCUUCGAGUCGUGCUGCCCAGAAAAGAUCAAAGAAGAUGUUCAGGAGACCAAGUAUCGCGUUCCCAAGAUCAACCUCAGCAACAAGACUGAGCAGCUCAUGGCCCAUCACUUCGGGGUGUACAUCUACCUCCCUCUUCUCAUAUUCAUCACAGCUGCAAUCAUUUUUGGCCUGAGACAGUCUGUACUGAGCUGUGAAUGGCCGCCUCCCAUGUGGCAGUCUUGCGAAGUCAAGGGCAACUGCAAUGUUACAACGUAGGCAGAGAGUCCUUGUGAAAGAGAAGCUUGUUGAGGCUCGCCAAUUAACACAUGAUGUGCAAUCGAUGACUGAAGUGAUGUGCAAUAGAAGGCAGGGUUUGCAAAUCGGUGAAAGAUUAAUGAAGGAGUGACUUAAGAAGA